UGUUUCUUUUUUCCGGUCCAGACAAAUAGAGGAAUGGUCAACGUCGUCAUUAGAUGAAUAAUUAGAAUAAUUAGCAUCCUUCAAACGGACAAACUCUAAAGAUACCACACGUAUGUGGAGAAACUCUGAAACGACGUACGCGCACGAUAAAAUGCCAAGAAACCGACGCGGUUAAAGUGAAAAUGGUCACCACGUGACAGGCAAUGACGUAGCUCGCUCGUCCUACGUGUUCCGUGUACGUUCGUGUGAGCUCCAGCGCGGGAAAAAGUAGACUACGAUGUCAACUCGGGUAAAAUAAUUUAGAAAUUCACCUCAUCUAGCCGAUCAGCUAUGGAUCCCUCGGAGGUCGAGUUCCUCGCCGAGAAAGAGAUGGUGAAGAUAAUACCAAACUUCAGUUUGGAUAAGAUCUAUUUGAUCGGGGGUGACCUGGGUCCCUUCAACCCCGGACUGCCGGUGGAUGUCCCCGUGUGGCUGGCCCUCAACUUGAAACAGAGGCAGAAAUGUAGAAUAGUUCCUCCAGCGUGGAUGGAUGUUGAGAAGCUGGAGGAGAUGCGAGAGCUGGAAAGGAAAGAGGACGCCUUCACGCCUGCUCCCAGUCCUUACUACAUGGAGCUGACCAAGCUGCUACUGAACCAUGCGUCAGACAACAUCCCUAAAGCAGAUGAGAUCCGCACGCUGGUCAAAGACCUCUGGGACACGAGGAUUGCCAAACUCCGCCUCUCCGCCGACAGCUUCAUCAGUCAGCUGGAGGCUCAUGCGAAGCUGGACAACCUGACUCUGAUGGAGAUCAACACCAUACGAGCGUUUCUUCUCGAUUCUCUCAACUGCAUGUACAAACUACGUUCCAAUCUGCUGCCUGGUUCAAGUAAAGGACAGGUCACGGACUAUUGAUCCCCAGGAUGGAGGCAACCGCUUUGGAUUCUGGACGUAGCAUCGGAUCAGCCUUGGACUGAAGUCUGUACUUUCUCACCAGGCACGCUGUGUGUGCUCUGUUUUUUUUCUCCCAAGUUUUAUUCACAAGAUGUAUGUUAAUAGAUGAUUGAGGCCGAAUGACUUUAGCUGAGCUUUUUAAGGAGUUGUACAUAUUUCUUCCUCUAUUUCUUUCUUUUGAAUGGUUGCUUUAUAUGUAUCUUGUGUUAAACAUGUGUACAUUUAAUUGAAUUAAGGGGCCUCAAAAUAUUAAAACUGCCACAAUAUUUGUGUAUGUCAAAUGAAUGGGAUUAUUUCUUGGUUGUGUACAGAAAGUAGACUCAUUGGUGGGAUUUUAACUUUUUGGACAAUUGAGAAAACCAUACCUCUACACUAGUGGUUGGUCUACUUUGUUGACGAAAGUUAAUUUUCUGUAGUAGAAUAACAUUUAGCACACUGCUUUGAAAAACAAUUUAUCUGAAGAUAUGCAUAAAUAUCCACUAAUGUCAACUGUUAUAGGGACACUUCCCUCCAUUUGACCCAAAAUAAAUAUUCAAGAGUAGUCGGGAGCCGCAGCGCAACUUCUCAGGACCAACUCCAGCUCUGAGGCCAGUCCUUGAGGUCCACUGAAGACCUUUAUAAUCUAAAACCGGUGUCGAGUUAAUGUGUGUUAAAGGAAUGAAGAGAUACUGCACGCCUACAGAGAAUCUUUGACCACAGUAAAGCAGCAGUUUUAGCCUUCUGCCACCUCCCAGCACCAAAAACAGACAAGUUAAUUUUUAACAUUUUGAAAUAUUUUAUUUUCUUUUUUGUCUGAAAUCACAGCCAUAUAUUCAUAAAUACCUAAUUACUACAUUCAACAAAGAAUAUAUUACAUUACAAUGAAUUCAAACAAGUACAUUUUUAAAAACAAGAUUUCACAGCAUCUAGACAUCCUCCACUGAGUGAUGGGGCUAUUGCGUG